AUGGAGAUUUUCAAGAAAUUAGAGAUUAACAUACCUUUCUCCGAAGCCUUGCAACAAAUGCCUUCAUAUGCUAAAUUUCUAAAGGAGCUCCUCACCAAGAAAAGGAAGUACAUUGAAGAGGAAACCAUUGAAGUUCAAGGAAACUGUAGUGCUAUCAUACAAAAGCUUCUACCUCCCAAGUUGAAAGAUCCAGGAAGUUUCACCAUUCCUUGCACUAUAGGGAAUAUCUCUGUUGGAAAGGCAAUAAUUGAUUUAGGAGCCAGUAUUAAUCUCAUGCCGCUCUCCAUGUUUGAAAAGGUUGAAGGUUUGGAACUCAAGCCUACUCGGAUGACUCUUCAACUAGCACAUAGAUCUCUGAAAUAUCCUUAUGGGGUAGCUAAAGAUGUGAUUAUGAAGGUAGACAAAUUUAUGUUUCCUGUGGACUUUGUUAUCAUGGAGAUGGAGGAGGAUGUAAAUGUGCCUCUUAUUCUUGGGAGACAUUUUAUGAGACUGCAAGAGUUUUGA